UUCCCAACAUGGCGACAAGCUGCUGGCGGCUUUCACUCGUUUUCCUCCUAAUUGAAACUUUAUUAGGUUUGCCAGUCGAUCGCCACGAAAAACAAGAAGAAAAGUGCGGCUAUCAGUCAUGUCACGCUACCAAGGCCGCCAUGCUGAACGUCCACCUGGUCCCACACACGCACGACGAUGUGGGCUGGCUCAAGACCGUGGACCAGUACUUCUACGGAGACCGUAACGACAUCCAGCACGCCGGCGUGCAGUACAUCCUGGACUCUGUGGUGGACCAGCUCCUGAAGAACCCAGAGCGCAGGUUCAUCUAUGUAGAGACAGCCUUCUUUUACCGAUGGUGGAGCCGCCAGAGCGCCGACACGCAGCGGACGGUCAAGCAGCUGGUCAACCAAGGUCGGCUAGAGUUCGUCAACGGCGGUUGGUGCAUGAGCGAUGAGGCCACCACCCACUACAGCGCCGUUAUAGAUCAAAUGACCCUGGGCCUCAGGUUCCUCAACCAGACCUUCGGGUCUUGCGGUCGGCCCCGUGUGGCCUGGCACAUUGACCCGUUUGGACACGCCCGCGAACACGCUUCUAUGUUUGCGCAGAUGGGAUACGACGGCUUUUUCUUCGGGCGAGUGGACUACCAGGACCGGUACCGGCGGAUGUUGGCCAAGGAGCAGGAGCUGCUAUGGAGGGCGUCUGACAGCCUCAGCCCCCCGAUGGCCGACCUUUUCACUGGGAUCCUUCCCAAUGGGUACAACCCCCCCGAGGGCUUCUGCUGGGACCAGUCCUGUGAUGACCCACCCAUCAAGGACGAUCCCGACCUGGAGGACUACAAUGUGGAUGACGUAGUGGAACGAUUCCUCAACAUCACAAAUAGUCAGUCUCUAGUGUACAAGUCCAAUCACAUCAUCAUGACCAUGGGAUCAGACUUCCAGUACGAGAAUGCCAACCUGUGGUACAAGAACCUGGACAAGCUGAUCCAUUACGUCAACGCUCGGCAGUCCAAUGGAAGCAGAGUCAAUGUCCUCUACUCCACGCCCUCUUGUUACCUCCAAGAACUGCACCGGGCCAACCUCUCCUGGGUACUGAAGACUGAUGACUUCUUCCCAUAUGCGGACGACGCCCACGACUUCUGGACGGGCUACUUCAGCAGCAGACCGGCGCUAAAACGUUACGAAAGGCUCAGCAACAGCAACCUGCAGACGUGUAAGCAGCUGGAGGUUCUCGGCGGCCGGACUUCUACGAGGGGACUCUUCGGCGAGGGCAACAGUCUCACCUUGAAGAGAGCAAUGGCGGUAGCUCAGCACCACGAUGCCGUGUCAGGCACCGAGAAGCAGCAUGUCGCCAACGACUACGCCAGGAGACUUGCCAAAGGCUGGCAACAUUGCCAGGUUGUGGUUAGCAACAGUCUUGCGGCUCUGAGCGGCUCAACUGCCAAGCGAGUGUACUGCGACAGCCUCAAUGUCAGCGUGUGUCCUGUAACCGAGUCCAACAAGUUCUCCGUCAACAUCUUCAACCCCCUCGCUCGGCCCGUCUCAUGGCCCAUCAGGCUUCCGGUCAACGGUACAGCGUAUACAGUGUCUGACGCUGAGGGCAAGUCUGUGGACUGCGAGGUGGUUCCAGUUUCCCAGACCACACGUGACAUGAGGAGGAACCGUGGCUUCGCUGUCAACGAGCUCCUCUUCCAGGCCUGGGCCCCGCCACUGGGCUUCAGGACCUACUCAGUGUCCCUGCUCCAGGACGGGCCUCCACCGGCCUUCACACACUACCGCACUCCCAAAUCCAUCUGGAACAAGUACCUACGAGUGACCUUUGACCCAGAGACGGGGCUUCUGAGCAGCCUGGAAAACAUGGAGACCAAGCAGAGCAUCAGCCUGACACAGAACUUCUACUGGUACAACGCUAGCGAUGGCAACAACUCAAAGAGCAACCAGCCCUCAGGGGCGUACAUUUUCAGACCUAACUCCUCCACGCCAUUUGUCAUCAGCAACACGGCCAAGACGGAGAGUAUACGAACGUCGGUGAUGCAGGAGGUGAGGCAGUGGUUCGCACCAUGGGCGUCUCAGGUGGUUCGUCUCCACGCCGACAGUCGGGUUCUGGAGCUGGAGUGGACCGUGGGCCCGAUUCCCAUCGACGACGACCUAGGCAAAGAGGUGAUCACUCGAUUGGACACGGACAUCAAGUCCUCAGGAAUAUUCUACACCGACUCCAAUGGGAGAGAAGUUCUACAGAGGAAGAAAGACUUCCGACCCACUUGGCACCUGAAGCAGUCAGAGCCCAUUGCUGGGAACUACUACCCCAUCAACUCUCGAGCCUUCAUCAAGGAUGACGAAGACCAACUCACGGUGGUGACAGAUCGCUCUCAGGGCGGAGGCAGCAUCCAUAAUGGCUCUCUGGAGAUUAUGCUCCAUCGCCGGCUGCUGUACGACGACGUCCGCGGUGUGGCCGAGCCCCUCAACGAGACCUCCGACGUCUUCCCGGAUGGUCUGGUGGUCCGCGGCCGGCUGCUUCUGUCCCUGGACCGCCCAGCCAGUGCCGCCGACGCGCACCGUCCCCUGGCAGAGGAGAUGGUUCUGCAGCCCCUGCUGACCUUCACCGAGGGUGACCUGCACCCCAAUACUAGACUGGAGUUCUCAGGACUACAGACUGCGCUGCCCCCUGCUGUCCACCUCCUGACACUGAGCCAGUGGCACGACGAGGUGGUCCUGCUCAGGCUAGAGCAUCAGUUCCAGAGCUCGGAGAGCAAAACCAACUCUGAGCCGGUCACAAUCAACCUGCAGAAGCUGUUUUCCACCCUGGAGGUUGUGGGCGUGUCCGAACUCAACCUGUCAGCCAAUCAGUGGAAAGAAGAGAUGGAGCGUUUCCAUUGGACACCGCAGACUGGCGAAAAGCCACCAAAGAAAACAUUUAAAGACCCCUCCACAUGGGAGGUCACCUUGCGGCCGAUGGAAAUCCGAACGUUCCUGCUCAGAACAAACCUCAGAUAGCCAAUCGCACGCUCCGGAAAAGUCGCCUCCAUUUUGCCUUUGAUCAAUGUUGAAGAUGAAGAGGUGGCAGCCAUUUUCUAGCGACUCCUGAGCCUUGAAACUGGGAAAAACUCCACCACCACAAAACCUCCUGAGACAUUGGAAGAAAAGUGGGAUGAGCUACCUUUUUUUAAUCUGAUGUGAUAAUUUUUUUUUAUAUUGAUUUUAUAGUGAUAAAAAAAUGCAGUGGAGAAUAAAAGUCAAUCAUUCUUA